CAGCGGUCAGUUUGGUUGCAGCCUUCGUACAUAUUGGUAACUUAAAAUGGGCAGAUUAAUGGCAAAUCUAAAGAAUAAUAUCACAGCGGAGCGUGUGGCCAUUUUCUUUGGCCUGCUGUCAACUUGCUUGGCCUUGGCCCUGGUCAUUGUUGUGGUGCACAGGGACAAUCUGAUGCUGCAGCUGUCGGAGGCCCGAGAGAAACUCGAUGUACUGGAGGAUUAUAUACAGACCAAUGUGCUGUCCGAUCCAACAGAACAGUUUGAGGCGCACUUACGCAGCGAAUUCUGAACUAUUUAACAAACUGUUCUCAAAUAUGGUUUACUAAUAAAGAUCACGAUUACAGGCCAAUUACUUUCGGGAUAAAUGCGUCAGAUAUUACUGUGGCGGACUCAGUCCAGCUAGUUAAGAUAGCGACCAAUAAUAAAGUUCUUUAUCGCGUGCCUUAUCGUAUUUUA